AGUGGAAGGAGAUAUAAUCUGUUCCUGAAGCGACGUCUCAGGAUUGAUAAAAGACAUCAAAGCAAAGAUUCUAUUUUCUUCAGGGAUGGUGUCAGGAGAAUUGAUUUUGUUCUCUCCUAUGUGGAUGAUCUUAAUAAGGAAUGGGAAAAAAAGUUGGAAAGACGAAAAGAAUUUGAGAGCAAUCUGCAAAAGGCUGGUUUGGAACUAGAAACAGAAGACAAGAAGGAAUCUGAAGAUGGCAAGAUUUAUUUUGUGAAGAUCCAUGCCCCAUGGGAGGUUCUGAUCACGUAUGCAGAAGUGCUGAACAUUAAAGUUCCCAUCAAGGAAAAUGACAUUCCCUCAAUGAUGGAGAACCCCCUGGACUGUAUGCUGGCACCGCUCAGGCUUCCCGAGAAGGUGAUGCACCCCGAACCGGAUUAUUUCACGGCCCCAUUCAGCAAGGACAAGCAGGAGCUGUACCUCAUUAAUGAUGAGAGCACUUUCUUCUCACCAUCCAUGAGAAACCGAAUAGUUAAUUACAUUCUUACACGUUGCCCAUAUGGAACAGAAGAAGGGAAGAAAAAAUUUGGGAUUAAGAGACUGCUAAAUAACGGCACCUAUUCAGCUGCAUAUCCUCUUCAUGAUUGCCAGUACUGGAAAAAGGCAAAUGAUCCAAACUGUGACAACGAGAGAUACACGCUGUACAUGGAGUGGGCCCGUUUCUUGCGGUUCUAUAAAGAGCAGCCUUUGGACCUCAUCAGGAAGUACUAUGGUGAGAAGAUUGGAAUCUAUUUUGCCUGGCUAGGAUUUUACACAGAGAUGUUAUUCCUUGCAGCAGUUGUUGGCUUAAUCUGUUUUCUUUAUGGCUUGUUUACAAUGGAUGAAAAUAUGAGCAGCAAAGAAAUCUGUGACCCUGCAAUUGGAGGAGAGAUCUUCAUGUGCCCUCUUUGUGACAAAGAGUGUGAGUACUGGAGACUAAACACCACCUGUCAGUCCUCAGAGUAUUCUCAUUUGUUUGACAACGUGGCAACUCUCUUUUUUGCCGUUUUCAUGGGCAUAUGGGUUACACUUUUCUUGGAGUUUUGGAAGAGACGGCAAGCUAGACUGAAAUAUGAGUGGGAUUUGGUUGACUUUGAAGAGGAACAGCAACAGCUUCAGCUGAGGCCUGAGUAUGAGGCAAAAUGUACCCAAAAGAAGAAGAAUCCUGUAACUCAGGAGAUGGAGCCUUAUUUGCCUAUAACUAGCCAGGCUGUGCGGUUCUGCAUCUCAGGAGCUACAGUGUUGUUCUGGGUGUCUCUGAUUAUAGCUAGCAUGAUAGCUGUGAUCGUGUAUCGUCUUGCGGUGUAUGCUGCCUUCGCCAGCCUGAUGGAGAACACUCCAGAUUUACCACACAUCGGAGGAUUACUGACCCCUCAGCUGGCAACUUCAGUCACAGCCUCAUGCCUGAAUUUUGUUGUCAUCAUGAUACUGAAUUUCUUUUAUGAGAGAAUAGCUAUUUGGAUUACUGAUAUGGAGAUUCCCAGAACUCAUAUGGAGUAUGAGAACAGGCUCACUAUGAAAAUGUUUCUGUUCCAGUUUGUCAACUACUAUUCAUCCUGCUUCUAUGUGGCCUUCUUCAAAGGGAAGUUUGUUGGUUACCCAGGUGCCUACACAUACAUGUUUAGUCACUGGCGAAAUGAGGAGUGUGAUCCUGCGGGCUGCUUGAUAGAAUUGACGACACAGCUCACAAUAGUCAUGGCUGGCAAACAGAUCUGGGGAAAUAUCCAAGAAGCCAUUGUACCCUGGAUUUGUAACUGGUGGGGCCGCCGGAAAGCCAGAAAUAAUCCAGAAAAUUUAUACAGUCGCUGGGAGCAAGACCAUGAUCUGCAAACAUUUGGAGCCUUAGGCCUGUUCUAUGAAUAUCUAGAAAUGGUCAUUCAGUUUGGAUUCAUUACUCUUUUCGUGGCAUCCUUUCCCCUGGCUCCCCUUCUUGCUCUGAUGAAUAAUAUCCUGGAGAUUCGAGUAGACUCCUGGAAAUUAACCACUCAGUACAGGAGACCUGUGGCUGCAAAAGCACAUAGCAUAGGAGUUUGGCAAGAAAUCCUGAACGGAAUGGCCAUCUUGUCAGUUGUCACUAAUGCGUUUAUUGUUGCAUUCACAUCAGAUAUGAUUCCUCGAUUAGUUUACUACUACGCUUAUUCGGAAAAUGAAGACUCGCCUAUGUCUGGAUACAUAAACAAUAGUUUGUCAGUGUUUCAGAUCGCAGAUUUUCCUGAGAAAAACAAGCCUAAACUGAAUCCAGAUGACUUAGUCAUAUGCAGGUACAGAGACUAUCGAUAUCCUCCAGGUCAUGAGAGGAGCUAUUUACACACUAUGCAGUUCUGGCACAUUCUUGCUGCAAAACUAGCCUUUAUAAUUAUUAUGGAGCAUGUCGUAUUCAUCGUCAAAUUCUUUGUAGCAUGGAUGAUUCCUGAUGUCCCUGCAGACGUGAAAGCCAAAAUAAAACGUGAAAAGUAUUUAACGCAGAAAAUCCUACAUGAGUAUGAACUUGAAAAACUGAAGGAGAGACUAUGUCAAGGUGAUAAAGGAGCCACGGAAAAGGAGUUCAUCGCCACAGAAGGGAGAAUGGAGUUGUCCAGAGCAAUGUAGUUGAAAAAACAGCUGUUUGGGAUUUAGCUCAUUUUAGCCUUUUUAUCUGUGAUUUGCUCAGUAGGCAUCAUCUUGAAAGCUGUAGGAUGGUUUCAACCCUUUGCUUU